AUCUCGCAUAUUCUCGCAUGGUACGUUCGAGGAGGAAUUAUUGUUGUCUUACAAUAUUUCGGGAUCAAGGAAGCAAAAUAACCAGGAACUUGGCGAAGUAAUACGUGGUCCAGCUGAAUAACAACAACUCCAAAGCUUUAUUGUGCUAUCAGGUUAUCCAUGAGUAUGGCAGCUGCCUCAGCGGCGCCCCCAGGGGCUCUAGAUGGAGGCAAAAAGAGGAAGAGGGCAUCUGGAGGAGGCUCUGACGAUGAAGAUAGCCAAGGUUUUUCACGAGACCAAGAUACAGUUGACAAGGAAAGAUUUGCCAGGGAAAGCCAUUGUGAGAUAGAGAGGCGUAGACGUAGCAAGAUGGCUACAUAUGUCAAUGAACUGUGUGAUAUGGUCCCUGCAUGUAGCACACUUGCUCGCAAACCAGAUAAGCUGACUAUCCUCAGGCUUGCUGCAGCACACAUGAAAACAUUACGAGGAACAGGCAACACUAGCAGUGAUGGUUCCUACAAGCCGUCCUUCCUCACAGAUCAGGAACUAAAGCAUCUCAUUUUGGAGGCUGCUGAUGGUUUCUUGUUCGUAGCUCAGUGUGACACGGGGCGUGUGAUCUAUGUCUCUGACUCUGUCACACCAGUACUUAACCAGUCUCAGUCUGACUGGUACACCAGCACCCUCUAUGACCUGGUACACCCUGAUGACGUGGAGAAGGUGCGUGAACAACUGUCCACCACAGAAUCCCAGAACACGGGGCGUAUACUGGACUUGAAAACAGGAACAGUGAAGAAAGAAGGGCAUCAGUCCUCCAUGAGGUUAUGUAUGGGAUCACGCAGAGGCUUUAUAUGUCGAAUGCGUCUUGGAGCCAUUCAAGUGGACACCAUGACCACAAGCCACGCCAUACGACUGCGCCAGAGGAACUCGCUAGGGCCCUCUGGUGAUGGGCACCAGUAUGCAGUGGUGCAUAUCACAGGCUACAUCAAGAACUGGCCUCCUGCAGGAGUGCAAAUAGAAAGAACAGAGACAGAUGAGCCCCACAGUGGCAGCCAUUGUUGUCUUGUGGCAAUUGGUCGACUUCAAGUCACAGGCACGCCAAAUUGCAGUGAUUUGAUUGGCCCUAAUGCUACGUCAGAGUUCAUAUCUAGACAUAGUAUUGAUGGAAAGUUUACAUUUGCAGAUCAAAGAGUGGCCAACUUAUUGGGCUACCAGCCUGUUGACCUGUUGGGCAAGUCUGCCUAUGAUUUCUACCAUCCUGAAGACAAGGGCCACAUGAAGGACAGUUUUGAACAGGACAACUCGUAA